CCAAAUUCCGAACUGCACGCGAAAUCGAGCAGGACAUGGAAGGUCUGGAGGUUCCCAAUGUGCUGAAGUCUUUGAUCGAUGCGACUGGGAAGGAGCAGCGCGUGAUCACCUCAACCGCCGGUUUGAUGACACCGCAAGCGUUCGUCAACCAGGGCGAAGGGGAGGCCUGGAAGAUCGCACAAAGGGCGCGCAACGACCUCGAGGCUUUCGCAGAUGAGUGGAAAGGACUGUCAGAGCGGAAGAAGUAUAUCGAGAUGGAAGAGUCACAGAUCGUGGAGCAGUUGGACACGAAUCAGCUCAAGGCGGAUCAGCUCACCGAGUUGGUCGCGGCCAUCGGCGCCCUGGAGGUAUCCGAGAGGGAAGAGACGCGGGCCAGGUUCGACGAAUUGACCGACAAACUCGAGUCGAUAGAGAUGAAGUUCCGCAACGAGAUCGACGAGUACCGACUGCCCGAGACCGCAGUAGCUGCGAUACACCCUCUCUUCCGUCAAGCCAUGGAGGAAUGGGAACCGCUCAAGGAGCCGACGUUCCUCGUACCCAACCUCCGCCGUCUCCAACCUUUACUCCUCCGCGACAUCCGGGGCGAAAACACCCAGCGCUCAUCCACCUCCCCCUACGAGACCAUGAUCUAUACGCUGUGGCUGCCGCGCGUCCGCUCCGCGCUGCUCAACGACUGGGACGUCUUCGAGCCCGCGCCAGCAACAUCCCUAAUUGUGGCCUGGAAAGAACUCCUGCCCCCCUUCAUCUACUCCAAUGUCCUCGACCAACUCGUGAUUCCCAAACUCACUGCCGGUCUCAAAGAAUGGAAACCCCGAAGCAGCAGCAGCCGGCGCCACGGCUCAUCCACCUCAUCCUCACACUCCUCCCGCUUCCCCUGGUGGCUCUUCACAUGGCUCCAAUACCUGGACGACCGGCACACGAACCCCAAACAAGCCACGGGGCUCCUCUCCGACGCGAAGCGCAAAUUCCGCGUCGUGCUCGACACAUGGGACCUGCGGCGCGGGCUGAUCAGCGGGGUCGAGCUGUGGCGCGACGCCCUCGGCUCGGAAUUCGACGUCUGCCUGCGCAACCACCUCCUGCCACGGCUGGGCCGCCACCUCCGCGAGGACUUCCAGGUCAACCCGCAAGACCAGGACCUAACGCCGCUGGAGGACGUCCUCCGCUGGCAGCCCUUCUUCCGGCCGAACGUGAUGGCCCUCCUCCUAACAGCGGAGUUCUUCCCGAAGUUCCACCAAAUCCUCUACAUCUGGCUGACCAACGACCCGAACUACGAAGAAGUCGCAGAGUGGUUCACAUGGUGGCGCGCACAGAUCCCCGCCGCACUCAACGAACUCACCAUCGUCGACGACGAAUGGAACAAGGCCCUACAAACGAUGGACCUCGCCUCGCAACUCGGCGACCGCGCCGGCGCGGAACUGCCACCCCCGACAUCAAAAACUACAACAAGAACAACCGAAAAACAACCCACGAAACAACAGGUCCGGUUCGUGGACCACGAAGACGAAGAAGAUCCCACCCUCAAACACGCAGCGCCCCAACCACCACCAUCCCGCCCCUCCAAACCCAAGGUCAUCGAAGAAGUCGCCUUCAAGGAUAUCUUGGAAGGAUGGUGCAUGGAGCAGGGACUCAUCAUGCUGCCGCUCCGCGAGGCGCACCCGCAGAACGGCCACCCGCUGUUCCGCAUCACGGCCAGCGCGACGGGGCGGGGCGGCGUCGUGGUCUUCCUGCAGGGCGAUGUGGUCUGGGUGCAGAACAAGAAGGCCAAGGAGGUGUGGGAGCCUAUGGGGUUGGAGGAUGCGUUGGUAGAGCGGGCGGAGGGGAAGUGAUUUUCUCUACUCCCUGUGUCUCUUUCUCAUGAGCUCACCCGUCGAGUUUAUGGCUGUUUCUAUAGAUGUGGAUCGACUUUAUCUUUAGGAUUCAUAGCGUGGAGAAAUAGCGUGUAGAAGCAAGGAGA